AUGCCUCCCACCAAGACCACCCCCACUCCAAUCCACCAACUCACCAUAAACCCAAUCUUCAACACCCUCUCACCACGCGAACAGCUCUACGCACACCAUCUCGCGCGCAGCAUGGCAUGGCACGGAAGCAGAAUUAUCAUGCGCCAAGUAUCGCCCGAAAGCCCUGACAUCGUCGACUUCAUCAUGGACCUGUAUCAUGCGUGUGACGGGAACUGGGAUACUUUGACAAUCCAGUGUAAUGUCACGUCUCAAGAGGUUGUAUGUUUUUUGGAGUAUGCUGCGGCUUUUCUAUGUAAUUUGGGGAAUUAUUAUGGAGAGGGUGAUCAGAAGUUUGUUCCUGAGUUGAGCGUCGAGGCGCUUGAGCGGAUUGCAAGUAUUUCCUCGAAGACUAGGGAUGGUUUGAAGAGAAUUAUAGGGCCAUUGUUAGCUGUUCCGCGGUAUUAUCCUAGCUCGGAGCCUAUUUCUCAAGAAGAGAUUGAUAUGGUGUCGGAGGUUAUGAGAAAGCACUCCAUUGGACCAGAGAACACUCGGAUUCAGAAACUGGUCGACGCUGGUAAACCCGUCUAUCAGGUGCUGCAAGCCUCCGUGGAAACUGGCUUACGCGAACUCGCGGAUGGGGUAUUUCUCAUCCGAGGCGAUCACUCCGAGGAAUUGUCUAAGGUUUGCACCGUUUUAGCAAAAGCAAAAGAGUACGCAGUGAACAAAAAGCAGAGUCAGGUAUUGGACUGUUAUGUCGAAUGCUUUCGCACGGGCAGCUUAGAAGCAUUCCAGGAGUCGAAGAAAAUAUGGGUGACGGACAAAUCUGCAAGAGUGGAGCACUUGAUUGGGUUCGUCGAAGCAUACCGUGAUCCAGCCGGCAUUAGAGCAGAGUGGGAAGCUAUGGUUGGAAUCGCUGAUCCGAAUGAGACGGCGAGGUUGAAGCUGUUUGUCGAACAUUCAACUGCUUUUAUACGACAGCUCCCAUGGGCAGUUGAGGGCGUGAAUGAUGGGAAAGGACCAUUCGAGAAGGAUCUCUUCGAGGCUCCAGAUUCACAAGUGUUCAUGGUUAACUCCCACCUAUCCCCAUCCCAUGGAGCCCAACUAACUAGCCAGUACGAAUCCAUCCGAGAAGCCUGCGGCUUCAAGAACAUCGUCCUGGCGAAUCGUCUCAGCGCCAACAAUAACACCAGCCAACCACCCUGGAUCGACCUGUCACAGCUGAACCACUUCAAGCGCACCUCGCACAUCGUCCGAUUCCUCACCACGGCGAUCCACGAGCUGUUAGGCCACGGAACGGGGAAACUUCUGAGUGAAACAGAACCAGGAGUCUAUAACUUCGACAAACAGAACCCGCCCAUCAGUCCGCUGACUGGGAAGGCUAUAACCUCGCACUACCGCCCAGGUCAGACGUGGACAAGCGUGUUCGGGAAGUUGGCGGGAACUGUAGAGGAGUAUCGUGCAAUCUUGAUUUCAGAGUAUCUGAUGGAUAAUAAGGAGUUGUUGGGUUAG